GCCAGUGCUAUUCUUACCAAUGGGGAAACUUACCCCUUAGUCUCAUCCUUCUCACCUUACCUGGCAUGGGGAGUACCAGAGCUUCCCUCAGAUGGCCUCCAGUGGGUGCACGGGCUGCUGCAGCGCUACUCUUAUUCUCUGAAAAAAAAAAAUCGACGUGCGAGCACCCAGAGAGAAGCCUUCCAGUAAUUCCUGAGCACCAAGCACCAAGAUGCCUGGCCACGUCAAGAAGAGCACGGGCCCGGAUCCAGACCCCACUGAAUUCCUGUUCAUCUCAGCCGAACAGAAAAUCAUAGACCAGAGCAAGCCUUACGAUCCGAAAAAAUCUUGUUGGGUUCCGAAUGAGAAGGAGGGCUUCGUCGAAGGUGAAAUUCAGAAUACGAAAGGUGAUUUGAUCACUGUUUAUGCUGGAGGUGAGACCAAAGACUGGAAGAAGGACCUCGUUGGUCAAGUCAACCCUCCCAAGUUCGAGAAAUGCGAGGACAUGUCCAACUUGACCUAUCUCAACGACCCCUCCGUCCUCUACAACUUGAAGGCUCGCUACGUCGCUAGGCUCAUCUACACCUACUCUGGUCUCUUCUGUAUCGCCAUCAACCCCUACAAGCGCUACCCCAUCUACACCAACCGUGUGGUCAAGAUCUACCAGGGCAAGAGGCGUAAUGAGGUGCCUCCCCAUCUCUUUGCCAUUGCUGACGGUGCUUACAUGAACAUGAUGCAACUUGGUGAGAACCAGUCCAUGCUCAUCACUGGUGAGUCUGGUGCUGGUAAGACUGAGAACACCAAGAAGGUACUCUCCUACUUCGCCAAUGUCGGCGCCACCACCAAGAAGAAGGGAGAAGCUGAGAAGCCUAACUUGGAGGACCAGAUUGUUCAGACCAACCCAGUGUUGGAGGCCUUCGGUAACGCCAAGACUGUUCGUAAUGACAACUCUUCUCGCUUUGGUAAGUUCAUCCGUAUCCACUUCCAACCCAACGGCAAGUUGGCCGGUGCUGACAUUGAGGUCUACCUGCUGGAGAAGGCCCGUGUUAUCUCCCAGCAGUCAUUGGAACGCUCAUACCACAUCUUCUACGAGAUGAUGUCCGACCAGAUCCCGAUGAUCAAACCCAUGUGUUUCCUUAGCGACGAUAUCUACGAUUAUCACUACGUGUCUCAGGGCAAGGUCACCGUCCCUUCUAUUGAUGACGGCGAGGACAUGCAGUUCUGUCAUGACGCCUUCGAUAUCUUGGGUUUCAGCGCCACAGAGGUUGAGAAUGUGUAUAAGGUGACAGCCACCGUUAUGCAUAUGGGCGAGAUGAAGUUCAAGCAGAGAGGUCGGGAGGAGCAGGCCGAAGCUGACGGUACUGAGGUUGGGAAAAAAGUUGCAGAGUUGCUUGGUGUUGAAGGCGAUGAUUUGUACAAGAAUAUUACCAAGCCCAAGAUCAAGGUCGGAGCUGAGUUCGUAGCCAAGGGCAUGAACGUAAACCAGUGCAACUACUCCGUCGGUGCCCUGGCCAAGGGUAUCUUCGACCGUGUCUUUAAGUACCUGGUGGCCAAGUGUAACCAGACUCUGGAGACUGGCCAGAAACGUGCAUCCUUUAUUGGUGUGCUCGACAUUGCUGGCUUCGAAAUCUUCGAUUACAACGGCUUCGAGCAGAUCUGCAUCAACUUCUGUAACGAGAAGUUACAGCAGUUCUUCAACCAUCACAUGUUUGUACUGGAGCAGGAAGAGUACAAGAAGGAAGGCAUCAACUGGGCUUUCGUGGACUUCGGUAUGGAUCUGGCGGCUUGCAUUGAACUCUUCGAGAAGAAAAUGGGUAUUUUAUCCAUCCUGGAAGAAGAGUCUAUGUUCCCCAAGGCUACUGACAAGUCCUUCCAGGAGAAGUUGAACGCUAAUCAUCUAGGCAAAUCCCCAGUGUUUAUCAAGCCCAAGCCACCCAAGCCUGGGCAGUGUGAAGGCCACUUCGCCAUCGUUCACUACGCUGGUACUGUCACUUACAACUUGUCUGGCUGGCUGGAGAAGAACAAGGAUCCCCUCAACGACACCGUCGUCGACCAGCUCAAGAAGUCAAACAACGAACUUGUCGUCACUAUCUUCCUUGACCAUCCCGGACAAUCUGGUGGUGGUGACGCUAAAGGUGGAGGUCGUGGAGCCAAGUCUGGUUCCUUCAAGACCGUCUCAUCUGGCUACAGGGACCAGCUCAACAACCUCAUGAAGACCCUCAACGCCACUCAUCCUCACUUCAUCCGUUGCAUCGUUCCCAACGAGACCAAGUCUCCUGGUGUGACUGACGCGGCCUUGAUCAUGCACCAGCUGACCUGUAACGGUGUACUUGAGGGCAUCAGGAUCUGUCGUAAAGGCUUCCCCAACAGGAUGUUGUACCCUGACUUCAAGCAACGCUACAAGAUCCUGGCCUCCCAGGAGAUGUCAGCCAUCCCCGAUGAUAAGAAGGCAGCCAAGGCUUGCUUCGACAAGGCUGGUCUGGACUCUGAACUCUACCGCCUCGGCAACACCAAGGUGUUCUUCCGUGCUGGCGUCCUGGGUACCUUGGAGGAGAUCCGUGAUGAACGCCUGAGCAAGAUGAUGUCCUGGCUACAGGCUUGGGUUCGAGGCUUCAUCAGCCGUAAAUCCUAUGUAAAACUUCAGGAGCAGCGCGUCUGUCUCGUUGUCGUUCAGCGCAACCUGAGGAAGUUCCUGAAGAUGCGCACCUGGGCCUGGUACUCCCUCUGGCAGAAGGUCAAGCCUCUGCUCAACGUCACUCGCAUUGAGGAUGAAAUCCACGCUCUGGAGGAGAAGGCUGCCAAGGCUCUAGAGGAUCUCGAACAGGAGAUCAAGCUGAGAAAGGAACUCGAGGCUUCUAAUCUUCAUCUCCUGGAAGAAAAGAAUAACCUGUUGCUUGCCCUGGAAUCCAGCAAAGGCAAUAUGAGCGAAUUCAUGGAUAAGCAAGCAAAACUACAGUCCCAGAAGAGAGAUCUUGAGGCUCAGCUUGAGGAGACGUGUGAGCGCCUGCAGAGGGAACAAGAUGAACGCGGCGCACUCCUCCAAAGCAAAAAGAAAGUGGAGCAGGACGUGGCACUUCUGAAGAAGGAAAUUGAGGAGCUGGAGCAAAACAUUCGUAAGGUGGAGCAGGAGAAGGCAGCCAAGGACCACCUCAUCACCAACUUCACCGAAGAAAUCUCCCACCAGGAAGAGCUCAUCAACAAAGUAAACAAGGAGAAGAAACACCUUCAGGAGAUCAAUCAGAAGUCGGCCGAAGACAACCAGAGCAUCGAAGACAAGUGCAAUCAUCUCAACACUGUUAAGGGCAAACUGGAACAGCAUCUGGAUGAACUCGAAGAUGCUCUGGAUCACGAGAAGAAACUGCGCGCUGACGUUGAGAAAGUCAAGAGGAAAGUUGAGAAUGACCUGAAGCUCACCCAGGAGGCUGUGGGUGACUUGGAGUGUAGCCGUAGAGAUCUCGAGCAAGCCCUUGAUAGGAAAGAUAAAGAAUUUGGUACUAUUGCCAAAAAGCUUUCUGAUGAACAACAACUUGUAGUCAAGCUCAACAAACAGAUUAAGGAACUGCAACUUCACGUAGAAGAGCUGGAGGCAGGUGUUGAGCACGAGCGCCAGGGCCGUACCAAAGCUGAGAAAGCUAAGACUAACCUCGCGCGUGAAUUGGGAGAGCUGAGUGAUCGCCUAGACGAGGCUGGAGGAGCCACCGCAGCUCAGAUCGAACUUAACAAGAAGCGAGAGGCCGAGCUGGCCAAGCUCCGCUGUGAGUACGAAGAGAACAACAUUCGACACUCUUCAUCCAUCAACCUUCUCCGCAAGAAACACACGGACACUGUAGCCGACUUGGCGGAGCAGAUCGAACACCUCACCAAGAUUAAAUCAAGGCUGGAGAAGGAGAAAGACUUGAUGAAGAGGGAUGCUGACGAGGCUAGAGCUGCUAUGGACAGACUUUCUCGUGAUAAGGCCGAAGUUGAAAAGAUUAACAAGCAACUGCAACAUCAGCUCCACGAAGUUCAAGCUAAAUGUGACGAUGGACUUCGCACUCUGAGUGACUACGACGCCACCAAGAAGAAGCUUUCUCUGGAGAACGCUGACCUCUUGCGGCAGCUGGAGGAAGCAGAGGCCCAAAUUGGUUCACUAAACAAGCUCAAGUUGUCUCUUUGUAACCAAGUGGAAGACAAUAAAAAGACUGCUAAUGAGGAAUGCAAGUUGCGCGCGACCCUGCUAGCCAAGUACCGCAACCUGGAGCACGAUGUUGAUGGUCUGCGCGAACAACUUGACGAAGAAAAUGAAAUCAAGGCUGAAUUACAGCGCUUGUUGUCAAAGGCCAGUGCCGAGGCCCUCAUGUGGCGCUCCAAGUAUGAGUCUGAAGGUGUUGCUAAAGCUGAAGAACUUGAAGCUGCUCGUACGAAGCUUGCCUGUCGUCUUGAAGAAGCCGAAGCACAAAUUGAGCAACUGAAUGUCAAAAAUUUGAAUUUGGAAAAGACCAAACAACGUGCUUUAGCAGAGUUUGAGGAGAUGCAAAUAGCAGUUGAGAAAGCGCAGACUUUAGCUGCUGCUGCGGAGAAGAAGCAAAGGACCUUUGAUAAAAUUAUCGGUGAAUGGAAAAUCAAGGUUGAUGACCUGGCUAUGGAGCUCGAUGUUUCCCAGAAGGAGUACCGUACUUUAUCCACCGAGAACUUCCGCCUCAACGCUGCUUACGAAGAGAAGGUGGAAAACGUUGAGGCAAUGCGACGCGAAAACAAAAGCCUCUCCGAUGAAAUUAAGAAUCUCUCCGAUCAGAUUUCCGAAGGCGCCAACACCCUCAACGAUUCCCAGAAAACUAUCAGACAGUUAGAGGCUGAGAAGGAGGAACUUCAAGCUGCUCUUGAAGAAGCAGAGUCGGCCCUCGAGCAGGAAGAAAACAAGGUCCUUCGUGGCCAGCUCGAGCUCGGACAAGUCAGGCAGGAGAUCGAUCGACGCAUUCAAGAAAAGGAGGAUGAAUUCGACAAUAUCCGUAAAAGCCACCAACGUGCUGUUGAAACACUGCAAGCUUCCCUCCAGACAGAAGCUAAGGCUAAAAGUGAAGCUCUUCAUUUUAAGAAAAAACUCGAGACUGACAUUAAUGAGCUCGAGAUUGCCUUAGAUCAUUCCAAUAAAGCCAACUCGGAGCUGCAAAAAUUCGUAAAGAAACUUCAGAGCGAAGUCAAGGAGCACCAGACCAGGUACGAGGAAGAGCACAAGAUGUUUGUCGAGUUACGGGAGCAGUUCAGUGGGUCAGAGCGUCGGCUGUUGACUCUUCAGGGUGAGCUGGAGGAGUCUCGCGCUCUUCUGGAGCAGUCUGACCGUGGCCGCCGGAACGCGGAGUCCGAGCUCUCUGAUGCCAACACAACGAUAACUAAACUCACAACUGACAAUGGAAUACUUACAGCCAGUAGGAGGAAACUCGAGAGUGAGACGCAAACACUUCACGCUGACCUGGAUGAAAUACUGAAAGAAUCCAGAAACUCAGAGGAUAAAGCAAAGAAAGCAAUGAUUGACGCUGCCCGCUUGGCUGACGAACUACGUAACGAACAAGACCAUGCUCAGACGGAAGAGAAGAUGCGCAAGGGACUGGAGAUUACGGUGAAGGAACUUCAGGUUCGACUGGAGGAGAGUGACAGCCUCCUGCAGAAAACGGGCAAGGCUGCCUACAUUAAGCUGGAAAACCGCGUUCGUGAACUGGAGGGCCUGCUGGACAAGGAGGUCAGCCUUCACUCCGAGGCUCAGAAGAACCUGAGGAAGAGUGAGAGACGCGUCAAGGAGAUCUCCUUCCAGUUUGACGAGGACGUAAAGAACCAAGAGAAGAUGCAAGACGCUCUUGACAAGCUGCAGCAGAAGGUCAAGUCCUAUAAGCACCAGAUCGAAGAGGCCGAAGAGAUCGCUGCUCUCAACUUGGCCAAGUAUCGCAAGGCCCAGCAGGAGCUGGAAGACUACGAGCAGAGAAAUCUUCUCACCUCAAAUCGUACCUUCACCCAGCACGUUGAAAGUUCUGUGACACAGGUCGUGCACUGAGAAGCCUCAAUCUUCAGUAUUUUCCCUCAUGUUUACAACACCUCAAGAGGUGCUUAACGAAUAAUGUAUCUUUGUAUGUUAUUAAAACAUACACAAGAAUAAUAAUAAUGAAGCUGUUAAUAAUA